UCUACGAGGGGCAUCGCUGCGAUGUUGUUUUCGGCCGGAAGCUCUUCCCGGAGCACUGUCGCGUACCCCUCCGCUACAGCAGCACACUUCAACCGGUCCAAGUUGAGCCUUGUGUUGGGAUGACUCCGUUGGUUGUUCACCACGGAGAGUUUCUGGCGCACUGAUGAACAUAUUACGCUUUUUGGGUUGAUUUUUGAAAACAAAAAUGUAUCGCAACAAAGUUUGUUUACGAUUUUUUCGCACUUCAACAGCUCUUGACAACACGCGAGAAAGAGAGGGAAUGUGAACGGACGACGUCUGACAGCGAAUGGCCGUCUGACGCACCAACACACAUCUAAACCUUUGACAGCCCGCUCAGGUGAGGGGUAGGAAGCAGUGCUAGGAACUGCAUCGACUCGACAAAUUUGCUGUAGGGCGGAAGGAGAUGAUUAUCGACUUUUUACGUGACUUGAUAUUUAAGCAGCAAAAAAUGACUGACCGCGGCAGCAUACAGAUGGAGUUUGCAGUGCAAAUCCGUGGAGUGGACUGUGUGACCGAUGUAAACAAAGCGCUAUCCGACGCCGGUACCGUAACCAUCGACGCGGAUAAAGGUAGCGUGCUGAUAGAAACAUCCCUUCCAUGGCUCGACAUUCACAAGCGCAUUGAGGCAACGGGACGACGAGCGGUGCUGACAGGGUUCGGAGGACAAUCUGCGGUGGCGAUGGUAGAUCACGGCAACGAAUCGACCAACGUGCGGGGUGUGAUACGGUUCUGCACCCUGUCGAGUACGCCCGGUCAAAAGGGUGCCGUCGUGGACGGUACGAUCGAUGGACUUUCGCACAGCGGCACCUUUCAGCUGAAUGUCCACGAAUGUGGUGACAUCUCUGCUGGCUGCAGCUCGGUAGGCGAUCUGUACGAUUCCAGUCCGAUCCGAUCGGAUGAGAAUGGGCGUGCGACGAUACGAUUCGUGAACGACCGGCUCGACGUGAACGAUCUGAUCGGCCGGUCCGUUGUGAUCACACAGCCAGCCGAGGCUGGUGCGCAGGAGGAGCGACGGCUGAGCUGCGGCAUCAUUGCCCGAUCGGCGGGCAUUUUUCAAAAUUACAAAAAAAUCUGCGCCUGUGACGGGGUAACCAUCUGGGACGAACGGAACAAAUCGAUUGCGGCGGAUCGGGACCGGGAAGCGGCACCGACGGCUAGCCUGUAAACUUUAGAAGGGAAGUGAAGCUGUUACAAAUUCCAUGGAAAUAAUGUCCCUAUAGGGUAUAGGGCCUGCUCUUGACCACAUGCGGAAAAGGAAUACAAUUCCAAAACAGAGAGAUUGUCGCUGUGGCGCUUUUAAGUUAGGUGUACAGGAAGGUGUGGGGAUUGGGUGUGUUGCUUAACCAAAAUAAAUAGCCGGCAGUUUUUGGAGGCUCAAAACAUUUCAAUGCGUGAUCGACAAAACUGAUAUUUUUGAAUUGAAAUUAGCACAAUGGGCAAUGGACAAUCCACACAAUCAUCAGGUGCAUGUACGGUGUACGUAAAAAAAAUAAAAUCCGAGUUCCGAUCAAAUCUCUCUAUCAACA